CGAACCGAAGAAAUUAUUGGCUAUCGCUUCCAUUCGGACACCCUUAUUAUCGAAGCCUUGACCCUCAACGUUCAAGGCGGCAACUACAGACUUGCCCUUGCUGGCGAUUGCAAGAUGGACUCCGCUAUGGUCGACGAUUGGUACCUUCGAGGAGGGCCCAGAAAGGACUGGACCACGACACGUGGAGAUCUGCUAGGCAACAGCAAUCUCGCCAGAGUUGCGGUCGCAACAGGCCUUGACGCCUGCAUCUUGCCUGAAGGUUAUCGCUGCUCAGACGACCAAGCUGCGACACUCGUUGAAGCUAUUAUCGGCGCUGUCUAUUUUUAUACGGGUCGGGACAUGGAGACCGUAAAGACGGUUAUGAGAGCUUUAGGAAUCCGUCAAGCGGUAAUGUUCUUUCCCCUUCGUCCCGAUUGA